AUUAAGGGUAAUGCAGCUGCCAGAAAGAUCAUAAGUAGUUGUGGUCAUUGCAGACGUUUUGGACUUAAGGUGAGUGAGCAAAAGAUGGCAGACUUGCUAAAGGAGAGACUCCUUCCAGAUUUGCCUCCAUUUACAAAUGUCGGAGUGGAUUAUUUUGGUCCUGUGGAAGUUAAAAGAGGACGUUCCAUUGUAAAACGUUACGGAGUCAUCUUUACUUGUAUGGCAAGUCGAGCAGUUCAUCUGGAAGUCGCCUAUUCUUUAGACACAGAUUCAUGUAUCAACUCUCUACGAAGAUUUAUUUGCAGACGAGGGCAAGUAACUCACAUAAGAUCGGACAAUGGUACAAACUUUGUUGGAGCCGAAAGGGAGUUAAAGGAAAUGCUCAGUUCAUGGAAUAAAAAUAAGAUUCAAAAGGCCAUGCUUGUGAAAGGUGUCCAGUGGAGUUUCAAUCCUCCGGGAGGUUCACAUUAUGGUGGAGUGUGGGAGCGUAUGAUCAGAAUGGUCAAAAGAAUCUUGAGUUCCAUCUUACAUCAACAAACUUUGGAUGAUGAAGGAUUCCAUACUGUGCUGUGCGAAAUUGAGGCCAUUCUGAACGAUCGCCCAAUAACCAAGCUGUCAGAGGACCCAAAUGAUCUGGAGCCACUUACUCCAAACCACCUUCUUCAGAUGAAAGGUAAACCAGUAUUACCACCUGGACUAUUUGAUAAAUCUGAAUUAUACAGCAAGAGGAGAUGGAAACAGGUCCAGUAUAUGUGUGACUUUUUCUGGAAAAGAUGGACAAAUGAAUACUUGCCUUUGCUUCAAGAUCGACAGAAAUGGAAUAAGGAAAGGAGAAACUUUGCUCCUGGUGACAUUGUUGUCAUUGUGGAUUCAACAGCUCCACGUGGAUCUUGGCUAAUGGGACGAGUUCUGGAAGCCUUUCCAGAUAAAAAUGGACUUGUACGUUCUGUGCGAGUACAAACUAAAACCAGUGUACUCGAGAGACCUGUGACAAAGCUUUGUCUGUUUUAUGACCGCAUGGAAAUAUAAUGGACUGAUUGCAAAGACUGUGUUUAAUUUCUAACCUACAGAGGACUGACUGAUGCGAGGUUUACAGUGUUGCUUUGGGCUUUAAUGGCUCUUUGUAUUUGUAUUGAAUUGUAAUGUCUAUUU